AUGUCCAGUGGGGGUAGGUUUAAUUUUGACGAUGGGGGGUCCUACUGCGGAGGCUGGGAGGACGGCAAGGCGCACGGCCAUGGCGUCUGCACCGGCCCCAAGGGCCAGGGCGAGUACACCGGCUCGUGGAGCCACGGCUUCGAGGUGCUGGGCGUCUACACCUGGCCCAGCGGCAACACGUACCAGGGCACCUGGGCGCAGGGCAAGCGCCACGGCAUCGGUGUGGAGAGCAAGGGGAAGUGGGUGUACAAGGGCGAGUGGACGCACGGAUUUAAGGGGCGCUACGGGGUGCGGGAGUGCACUGGCAACGGGGCCAAGUACGAAGGCACCUGGAGCAACGGGCUGCAGGACGGCUACGGCACCGAGACCUACUCGGAUGGAGGCACGUACCAGGGCCAGUGGGUCGGUGGCAUGCGCCAAGGCUAUGGCGUGCGGCAGAGCGUCCCCUACGGCAUGGCGGCCGUCAUCCGCUCGCCCCUGAGGACUUCCAUCAACUCCCUGCGCAGCGAGCACAGCAAUGGCGCGGCGCUGCACCCGGACGCCUCCCUGGCCGUGGCGGGCAGCCCGGCCGUGGCGCGGGGCGGCUUCGUGCUGGUGGCCCACAGCGACUCCGAGGCCCUCAAGAGCAAGAAGAAGGGGUUGUUCCGGCGCUCGUUGCUGAGCGGGCUGAAGCUGCGCAAGUCCGAGUCCAAGAGCAGCCUGGCCAGCCAGCGCAGCAAGCAGAGCUCCUUCCGCAGCGAGGCGGGCAUGAGCACGGUCAGCUCCACGGCCAGCGACAUCCACUCCACCAUCAGCCUGGGCGAGGCCGAGGCCGAGCUGGCCGUGCUGGAGGACGACAUCGACGCCACCACCACCGAGACUUAUGCCGGCGAGUGGAAGAGCGACCGGCGCUCGGGAUUCGGCAUCAGCCAGCGCUCGGACGGGCUCAAGUACGAGGGCGAGUGGGCCGGCAACCGGCGGCACGGCUACGGCUGCAUGACCUUCCCCGACGGCAGCAAAGAGGAGGGCAAGUACAAGCAGAACGUGCUGGUGAGCGGCAAGCGCAAGAACCUGCUGCCCCUGCGCGCCAGCAAGACCCGCGAGAAGGUGGACCGGGCCGUGGAGGCCGCCGAGCGCGCCGCCACCAUCGCCAGGCAGAAGGCCGAGAUCGCUGCUUCCAGGACCUCCCACUCGCGGGCCAAGGCCGAGGCAGCCCUCACUGCAGCCCACAAAGCCCAGGAGGAAGCCCGGAUCGCCAGGAUCACUGCCAAAGAGUUCUCCCCCUCCUUCCAGCACAGGGAAAAUGGGCUAGAGUACCAGCGGCCGACCCAUCAGCUAGUACCAUAGUGCUCGCACACACUCUCACAGGGGCCGCUGCCACAGGAGAGCCCGGAGCUGUACCGCAAGGGCACCACCCCGUCUGACCUGACCCCCGAUGACAGUCCUCUGCAGAGCCUCCCCGCCAGCCCGGCCGCCACCCCGCCGCCCGCCCCCGCCUCCAGGAACAAGGUCGCCCACUUCUCUCGGCAGUUGUCUCCCCGGCUGCUGCGCUGGGACCUCAGCUUCUCCCCACCCCAGAAGUCCCUGCCUGUGGCGCUGGAGUCUGACGAGGACACCGGGGACGAGUUGAAGCCCAGCACGGGAUCGGCGCCCGUCCUGGUGGCCAUGGUGAUCUUGCUCAACAUUGGAGUUGCCAUCCUGUUCAUCAACUUCUUCAUCUGA